UACAAACGAGAAAUAUAUAAAGUGACCAAAUUCAUUGAUUAUUUGUCAACGCCUAGGUUUUCAGAGAAACUAUAAAUACGGUGAAUGAAUCUCCAGAUAUUCAUAAUAUCAAUUUUUUUGCUUAGUUUAAUCAAAAAGACCUUGAGUACUAAAAUCCCCGAAUCUAAUCUAAUGAACAGAACCGUUAAGAAAAUCAUACAUGCUACUGAAAGACCUGAAGGAGUUGGAGCAAUCGUCAGAAGAUUCGUCGGUGUCGAUGGAAUGAGGCAGUUUUCGCCAUUCCUAAUGGCUGACCACUUCAGCGGUGGAGAAGGUGGAUUUCCAGAACAUCCACAUUUAGGACAAGAAACCAUUACGUACAUUACUAAAGGAGCCUUUGCGCACGAAGACUUCACCGGAUCCAAAGGAAUCUUGUACGCUGGUGACUUGCAAUUUAUGACUGCUGGUAAAGGUGUUGUGCAUUCUGAAAUGCCUGUUCGGUUACCAGAUGGUGUCACACCAGCAGGUAUUCAGCUCUGGGUAGAUUUACCCCAUGAAUUGAAGGAAGUGUCCCCAAGGUACAGAGAUUUGAGAGCCUAUGAGAUCCCAGAAGCUGUUGAACAAGAUGGAAAGUUGACAGUCAAAGUCAUCAGUGGAAACUCGUAUGGUGUUGAAUCCUUAAAAGAUUUGGCAUACACUCCAAUCCACUAUUACCACUACAUUAUGAAACCAGGCUCGAUAUUCGAACAACCAGUCCCAGAGAACUUCAACGUUUUCCUUUAUGUUACUCAAGGUAAUGGCUUGAGGUUAAGCGACGGAAACACUUUGAAGCAAAAUAGUGCUGCUUUUUUCAAAAUGGACGGAUCUUCCAUCAAAGGAGCCAAUCCUUUGGAUUCCGAUAACAACAUUGAGUUCAUGUUGGUUGGAGGAGAAGUGUUGGAUCAACAUACUGUCCACUACGGACCUUUUGUUGCCAAGGACCAAGAAAGAAUCAGAAGAGCCUUUGCUGAUUAUCAGAAUGCCAGAAAUGGGUUCGCAAACUUGAAGACAUGGAAGACUUUAAUUAGCGGUGGUGUUACUGAAGACAUGAUUCAAAACGAUUUGAAUGGGUCUUUAGAACUCAGAAAAAAGGCCGAACAAGAAUACUUAUCCAGGAAGGCUGCUGAACAUCAAACACCAAUAGAACCUGUGAAAGACGAAUUGUAAAAGGUCUAACUAUUUAUUUUAUGUGUCCGUGUAUAGUAAAAUCGUAUUUAUUAGUAUUU